AUGGUCGAAUACUCGGACGUUCAGUUGUUUGUGAGGCCUAUUGGCCCUGAUACCAAGCAUGAGGAAAUUGAAGAAUUUUUCUCUGAAGUUGGCCCUAUUAAAGAAUUGAGAAUGAUGCCCGGUUAUGCAUUCAUCGAAUAUGAAACACCCGAGGUUGCUAAAAAGGCAUUUUCUGAAUUUAUCGAGAAGCCAUUCAAGGGGGAGAAUCUUCAAAUUGAAUAUGCAAAGAAGAAGCCAGAGUAUGCUAAAAAGGGGCUGUAUCGUGCUAAGGUUACAAAUUUACCUGAGGGAACGGCCUGGCAGGAUUUCAAAGACUUUAUCAGAGAUGAAGUCAAAGUUCAUCCAACUUUCGUCAGAAUUCCUCAGGAUGAGCCUACUAUCUGUUACUUGGAGUUCUCUUCUGAGGAUGAUUUGACUGCAGCCAUUGAGCAGUUAGGUCAACUUCAAUAUAAGGAUGUCCAACUCACAGCAGAGAAGGACAACAGUCCGUACAUUGCAUCUGCAUCAAGACCUUUGAGUUCAAGAAGAAGACGCGGUGGCUUUAGAGGUGGUUUCAGAGGAAGAGGUGGUUUCCGCGGUGGCUACAGAGGCUCAAGAGGUUAUGGAUACAGAAGUGGACCUCCUCCAUACAGAGGAUACCGCUCAGGCCCACCUCCAGGUGAAUAUGACGAGUCUCCAGCAGAUUAUGAUGAUGGUCCAAGCUAUAGAGAUCAACUUCCAGCAGGCCCCCGUGGUUAUCCACCAAGAAGUAGGGGCUAUCCACCAAGAGAUUAUCCUCCAAGAGGUGGUUACAGAGAUGAGUAUCAGCCCAGAGGAAGAUCGCGUAGAGAUGGUCCACCAAUGAAUGAUCCAAGAGAUGAACCUCCGCGCUCGGCCGAAUCAGACUACAGAUCAAAUAGGAAUUCAGAGGGUGGCUAUUCAGGAAAUGAUGAUUAUGGAAGAGACAGAUCCCCUGAGAGAUAUUGA